CCCGGCGGAGGGCAGCGAGGGCGCGCAUCUCUGUCCUCCGCUUGUGAAGCGACUGCAGGGGAGCCAGAUGCCCGACUGUGAGCCGCUGCCUGUGGAUACCUAUCCCAAAUGCCAGAGCAGGCGAGAGCCACAGACACAUUUCAGCCUCUGACGGGGAAGAGGAAAGAAUAGGGGCAGUAACCGGAGUAAGAUUUUUUUUUUAAUAUAAAUAUAUAUAUAUAUCUUUUUUUUUUUUCCUUCCCCCUCCCUCGUUGUCUCUGUUUCAACCUCUGCUUCAGAUGAAGAGCUUCCUUGGACUUGGAGUACCGGGCAUCAGUAUUAAAAAGAGCCGUUAUCCCACUCAGCCCCUGCUGCUGCGGCGCUGCUGCCUGUGAGCGCGUCCUCUCAUUGCAUUGGAAUAUACAGCCUGCCUAUAUGCGCAAAACCAUGGAGAUUAUAUGACGUGGAUUUAUUAUUUUUUCUAACAAAACUGGACAUCUGUAAAAUCGACGUCCCCUCUUCUUUUUUAUUUUUAUAUUUUUUUCUGCAUUGCCUUUUUUUGCGUUCUUCUGUUCCGUUCUUUGGUUUGAUCUAUGGCUACUUUAUGAUUUCAUGUCCUUAGCGAUCCCUCCUUAUUUUCCAUUUAUUUAUUUUCCACACUUAUUUUGUAUCUAUAUUUUUCUUGGUCCGUGUCGGAGACGCAGAAGUGGGAUGCCUCGCAGAGAACAUUUGUGGGGAGAAGAAUCCGCGCAGCAGCGAGGGUGAAUGAAUGAUAGUCUCUCCUCUCCAUCUGAGACGUGCCAUGGAUGGGAAACUUAAUUUGUAUCCACGGAACCGAUCGGGGAAUAGCCGUCGCAUCAAAUAACUACUGCUGACAGCGAUCAGGACGAAUGUCAUAGGAUGAACACUGCUGGUGGGGUGUGUCUGUCUGUGCUGUCCUCUCUCCUGGCUGUGGCUGGGGCCCUGGCUGCCUUGUCUGCCCUCGCUCUAGCUCCUCUCUCUGCCCUGGCUGAGGCUGCCUAUGGGGCUGCCGACGGCAUCCCCAGCACUGGGGCAGAGGGGGCCCCCUCGCCUGUCUCCUCACCAUGCUCCAGCCUUGUAGCUGGGGUGCUCUAUGGCUCUUUCUCCCUAAGGGAGCUCUUUCCCUCCAGGGCGCCGGGCUGUUCCUGGUCCCUGGAAAACCCUGAUCCCACCAAGUACUCCCUCUACCUCCGCUUCACCCGCCACCCUGUCAUCUGCCGGACACACUCCCCCAUGCUUCUCUCCCUUGACCACCACCUGGCCAAUCAAAGCUGUCCCCUACACAUACAGACAGCUGCUGCCAAGGAUCAGGAAGUCAUUGAUCUCUGUGGCAGCGAAUCCAACCCAGAGGGACCGUACUCCUUCCUACAGUUUGAUAAGAACUUCGUCCAACUAUGUCUAACAAGACAUCCAGCUGCAGAUGAGCCUCAGGUAUCUAAGGAGUUGCUGGAGCUGAGACUGGUGGAGGUGUUGCUCAUUAACAAUGAGAACUCGAGUCAGUUUACCUGCGGCGUGCUCUGCCGAUGGUUUGAGGAGUGUUUACGUACAGGUCACAACGGAGACCAGGAGGUUUCUGACGGUGAUGGUUGUGGGAUGACCCAGACGGGAUGUAUCUGUCCAAACCACAACAUCAUGGCUCCACCUAUUCCGUUGCUCCCGGAGACACCCCACAGUUUUAGCAACGGCUCGCUGGUUCCUGAUGACUGCUGCGUCACCGAGCUGCAUUCUAAUGAAGCGAUCGCCAUAGCACCCAGAGAUGUUCGACAAGAUCCAUAUGACGAUGAUGAUCUGAAGGUAAAGACCCAGAGACCUCGAUCAGCUGACCAGCCAGGUGUGUUUCAGGCACAAACUGGUGACCCUGCGGCAGAGGAGUGGUCACAGUGGAGUGUGUGUUCUCUCACAUGUGGGCAGGGCUGGCAAGUGAGGACGAGAUCAUGUGUUUCCUCUCCCUAUGGGACUCUGUGCAGCGGAGCCCUGCGGGAAACACGCAUGUGCAACAACACCGCUUCCUGUCCAGGCGAACCUGGGAUCAUAGGCUCAGUGCAUGGGCUGUGGGAGGAGUGGUCGUCAUGGAGUCUGUGCUCUGUGACCUGUGGGCGGGGCUCCAGGACACGAACCAGGAAGUGUGUGAACGGAGGCGGGGCCUUGGCUUGUGGACGGCCCGAGAUUCAGACCAAACUCUGCAACAUAGCAGUGUGUCCUGUGGAGGGCCAGUGGCUGGAGUGGGGCCCGUGGUCGAGAUGCAGCGUGACUUGUAAUACGGGAACCCAGCAGCGGCAGCGGCGCUGCAGUGCGUCGGUGCAUGGCUGGGCUGAGUGUAAGGGUCCCCAUCAGGAGAGCAGAGAAUGCACCAACCCCUCCUGCAGCGGAGGAGGUAACUGGGGCAGCUGGAACCACUGGAGUCUCUGCAGCAAGACAUGUGACUCCGGUUGGCAGCGUCGCUUCAGGAUGUGUGAGGGCACCGGAAUACAGGGCUACCCCUGCGAUGGCUCAGGAGAGGAGGUCCGGUCCUGUAACGAGAAGAAAUGUCCCGCUCCUCAUGAGAUUUGUAAAGACGAACACCUCCUCUCUAUGGCGUGGAAGAGAGCCUCAGCUGGAGAAACUGUCUACAACAAGUGUCCAACUAACGCCACUGGAUCUGCUAGUCGUCGUUGCAUGCUGGACAAUAAUGGAGUUGCUUUCUGGGGUCCUCCGAGCUUCGCCAGAUGCGUCUCACUUGACUAUAGAUAUUUACAUUUAUCUUUACGAGAGCAUCUCGCGAAGGGUCAGAGGACCCUGGCCGGGGAGGGCAUGUCUCAGAUCGUAAGGAGUCUCCUGGAGCUCUUGCAGAGGAGGAGCUACUACAGUGGCGACCUUCUCUUUUCCACGGAGAUCCUGCGAAAUGUGACGGACACCUUCAAAAGAGCAACCUACAUCCCAGCUCCCGACGACGUGCAGAAAUUUUUCCAGAUAGUCAGCCUCAUGUUGGACAUGGAAAAUCUAGAAAAAUGGGAGGACGCCCAUCAGGUCGCUCCCGGUGCUGCUUUGCUGAUGAGGAUAUUAGAAGAUUUCAUUCACCUCAUUGGAGAAGCCCAGAAGCCUUUCCAGAGUUUCCUGGUCGUUACCAACAACCUCAUGAUAACCGUCCAGCGAGAGCCGGUGUCGGCCGUUUCCAGUGAUAUCAACUUUCCCAUGAAAGGCCGGAGAGGGAUGAAGGACUGGGCCAGAACAGCAGAGGACAAGCUCUACAUCCCCAAAGAGGUCUUCACCAUCCCAGCUGAAGAGACGGAGGCGGAGUCAGAGUCAACUAUGUACUAUGUCAUCGGAGCCAUCUUGUACAGGACGUUGGGCGUCAUCUUACCUGCACCAAAUCCCCCUGCGGUCAUCAACUCCAAGAUCCUGACAGUGACAGUACGGCCAGAACCACAACCCAGCAAGCCCAUGGUGGUGGUGGAGCUGUCGCCACUUUUUAAUGGUACAUCAGAUCCACAGUGCGUUGUCUGGGACUAUGGCAACCCGGAAGCUGGCGCAGAAAACUGGGGCACAGAAGGCUGCCAAACGCUCGCGUCAACCACUGUCCACACCAAAUGCCUGUGCAGCAGGAUAUCCACCUACGCCGUGUUAGCGCAGCAAGCUAAAGACCCGGAUAUGGGUCCUACCAGCAUGCCCUCUGUGCCCCUCAUGGUGGGCUGUGGGGUCUCCUGCACUGCUCUGCUCAUCCUGCUGCUAAUCUACGCUGCCUUCUGGAGGUACAUACGAUCGGAGAGAUCCAUCAUCUUGGUGAAUUUCUGCCUCUCCAUCUUGGCCUCCAACUUAUUGAUUUUGGUGGGACAAUCUCAAACGCUUAGCAAGGGCCUCUGUACUGUGACGGCCGCCUUCCUGCACUUCUUCUUCUUGGCGUCCUUCUGCUGGGUGCUGACGGAGGCGUGGCAGUCCUAUCUGGCUGUCAUUGGCAAAAUGAGGUCACGACUCAUUCGCAAGCGUUUUCUGUGCCUCGGCUGGGGUCUUCCAGCCCUAGUUGUAGCAGUGUCGGUGGGUUUCACCAGAGCGAGAGGUUACGGCACAGCCAGCUAUUGCUGGUUGUCCUUGGAGGGCGGUCUGCUUUAUGCCUUCGUUGGGCCCGCUGCUGUCAUUGUGUUGGUGAAUAUGCUCAUUGGAAUCGUGGUGUUUAACAAGCUCAUGUCUCGGGAUGGCAUCUCAGACAAGUCUAAAAAGCAGCGAGCGGGUGUCCCAGCGGAGGCGCGUAGCCGACUGCUCCUGAAAUGCUCCAAGUGUGGCGUGAUCUCGAGCACCGCUCUGUCCAGCGCGACUGCCAGCAGCGCCAUGGCGUCUCUGUGGAGUUCCUGUGUGGUUCUUCCCCUGUUAGCGUUAACCUGGAUGUCAGCAGUGCUGGCCAUAACCGACCGGCGCUCCACACUCUUCCAGGUCCUGUUUGCUGUCUUUGACUCUGUCCAAGGUUUUGUCAUCAUCACCGUCCACUGUGCAAUGCGCCGAGAGGUGCAGGACGCGGUGCGCUGUAGGAUGGGGGGAUGUAAAGACGACAGCGAAAACUCACCAGACUCCUGCAAGAAUGGACAGGUGCAGAUCAUGACGGAUUUUGAGAAGGAUGUGGACUUGGCAUGUCAAACAGAGAGAGGACACCCAUUCAUAUUCAAAGAGGUGAACACCUGCAACCCGGCCACCAUCACUGGGACCCUUUCCCGCAUCUCCCUGGAUGAUGAGGAUGAUCCCAAGCUGGCAGCCCAUCAGGAGGGGGGAGUGGGGGUCAACUUCAGCUCACUCCCCGGGAACAUCCCCCCUCCCAACCUCAUCGUACAGGUUCCAACGCUUGGCGGCCUCAAUGAGCUGAGCGAGACGCCCCUAAAGAAAGAGGUGAACGUGGAUCAGCAGAGACAGCAGGGGCAGCAACGCAGCGGCGCCCCAAUCUACCUGUGCACCGAGAGUGGCCUGGGCUGGGCUCGACCGCCCCCUUCCUCCAACACCUCCCAGGACGGAAGUGCCGGAAGCGGGGGGAGUGGUGGAGGAGGAGGCGGAAGUGGAGGAGGCGGGGAGGGGGACUACAUGGUCUUACCUCGUAGGACGGUCAGUCUCAAACCUCCAGCGCCCUCCUCCCAAGGAGGAGGCCUGGGACUGGGGGCCGAGGACAAACCUCUCAACAUCGCAGUGGAGGAUCCUCCCUUCCCCCCGCCUCCCUCACCCCUGACCCUCCACCCAGCCGAGAGUGAGGCGUACCCGGCGGAUUUUGUGCCGUCGAGUGUGGGCGACAUGAACAUCGCCAUGAACCUCAACCGCUCCUAUGGGACGAUCAAAACCAUGCCCCACGGGCACGGCCACAUGAUGGCUCAGGGUGGUCUUGUACACUCCCACGGAGGACACAUGCACUCCCACGGGCAUUCACUCCAGCUGAAGCCGGGCCAGAGGCCGUCAGUCAGACAGAUUCUGACAGGGGGAACCACAGUGGAGAGAACCAGGACCCUGCCACGCAACCUGGGCAGCACCAAUGCCAACAGCAGCCUCUCGGCAGGAUCCCUGGAGAGGAAAAGAGUACGGUACUCUGAGCUGGACUUCGAGAAAGUGAUGCACACUCGCAAAAGACAUUCUGAGCUGUACCAUGAGCUCAACCACUCGUCCAAGUUCCACACCAUAGACAGGUAUAGCAGGGACCCAGCCAUGUCCACAUUCAAGAGGGAAAAGCGAUGGAGCAUUUCGUCUGCCGGAGGUGAAAAGAACUCGUCGAGUGACAAGUCGACCCCCGAGGACCAGAGCUCCUGGGACAGCUUCAAGACCAUGACCCCGGAGCUGUCCAUCGUGCCUGGGGAGCAGAAGGACCGGAUGGAGCUGCACAAUAAGAACUGGGACUCCUCCUCCGCUAACACGCCCGACUCGUCCGAGGGAGACUUCCAGACUGAAGUGUGAAGACACACACACAUUCACACACUCACUUGAAUACACGCGCUCACGCCGAGACGAACUUCUGAAACAGCUAUACAUAAGUACAUGAUUUCUCGCAAAGAUCCCACACACACUGCUCCCCGUCUCCUGCAAUGUGCUCUGUCGGAUCCCAUACUGUAUUUGUUUACUGCUGCAGUGGACAGACACGGAAAGAAGACUGUUCUACUCUAUAUUUUCGCAAAGACUAUUGAAAAGAAAGAACAGGGGCUUGACACGUCUGGGACAGAGGAAAGAUUUUUAAAUGAACUUAAAAAAAAACUAUGAAAAACUUAUUUCUGAGAAAAAAUGUCUUGAUUUUAUUCUGGAGAAAAAAGAAAAUCUCUUUCAAUUGUUUGAUGAUUUGGGGGUUAAAAAAGAAAAAGAAUAUUUCUGCACCGUUCAGUUCUUUUUAUAGCAAGCGGAAAAAAAUCUCACUGAGGUUUCUCACACUGGUAGCCCCCCCUAGGCACCCUGCUUUCAUUUAUUUCCUUUUCCCUUCUAAUGGAUGACGGAAGCAUUCUAUCAGUUCCCUUUUUUUUUUAUUUAAAUUUUUUUUUUUUUUUUUUUUUUUAAUUUCGUCAUUUUGGAUGGAUCGGGGACAGGGGAAGAGCCACUCAGUGAUAUGUGCCAUCCGCUCUGCUUUUUUCAGGUUCCAGUCCAACAAUCCCAUCCAUCCAUUCCUCUCACAUCCUCUGUGUCAACACUGUAUUCCCCCUUUUUUGUGUAUUUUCUAUGGUUUAGUUAAAAAAAUGUCCUCCUCUAUGGUUUGAAACUUUUAAUGGAAAAAUAAUACGAUUGAAACAACUGUUCAAGGAGAAUUGAUUUAUUUUCAGACUGGUUUGAUUUCUGCUUGUGCUGCCUUUUUUCAUUAUUUUUUCUCUUUUUCUUCAUUUCCUGUGAGAAUUAACCCAUGUGGAACUUUCAAAAAACAUGAUUUAGGACACACACACACACACACACACACACACACACACACACACACAGCACAUAAAUGUGAGCUUGCUUUCUGAGGUAAUGUGUGCCGCAUGUUAUCCGCCCAUGAGGGAAAAGAAGGAUAGCGAUCGUCAUGCAGAUUCUUGCAUCCCCUCCUUUUUUCCCCCCCAGUGCUUAGAGAUAAAAGCCUUUAAAGAUUGCAGCAUCUGAAUCCAUUUCAGCCAUCACCAAUCACGGCGAAAAAGAGAAUAUCUCAUUCAUUUUCAGCCCAAAUGGGAUCUGUGCAAGCUCUGUUUAGCAUCUCUCAUAUUGCUAAAAUGUACGCUUAUGCCGCCAAGUGAAAUAUCAGUCGGUUUAGCGGCUAACUUGCUCUUCCUCUGCUGCGGAGGGAAUAUUGUUGGCUUCACCUGACCUGAGGAGGAUUUUCAAGCCAGUAAUAUGCAAAACUAGACACAACUUGCGCCCAAAAUCUUGUCUUUUCCCAAGAACCCCAUCAUGGAUUUAAAGAUAAACAUGCCUUCCUUUGCUUUCCCCUACCACCUCCUUCUCGUUUCUCCUUCUCUGCUGCCCACCCAGCGUCGUGCAACCAGAAGGCAUGAAAUCUUAAUGUUAGCAGUGGAGCCAGAUGUAUAAUUCCUCCUUCACAUGGAUCCCUGUCUGUGUGAUUGUAUCCUGUACUUGUGAGCACAGCAGCUGCACUGAGAGGGAGUGAAAUAGAAAGACAGAGGUGGAGUCAAAGAGGUUACGAGGCUACAAGGUGGCAGACUGAAGAGGAAACGGCAAAAGAAAAAAAAGACAGUGGUGAUGCUUUCUGCUUGACAUUCUACAUCCGUACUUCGGUCUCUACAAGGGGACAACCAGUUUCCUGCUGUUGCUACAUUAGCACAUCAGUCCUCCACACACCGACAAAGAGAACGUGUCAGAGUGCAGGAUGAAUUCAAUCGACGGCUCGAUAACUUUUCUGUCUAUGUUCAAAGCGGCUCCCAUUAAUCUAACAGUCUGGAGAAAGAGAUGAGAGACAAUUUGGGGAAGGGAAAAAAAGUGCAAGAGAAAAUGGUAGCAAGGAAAAGAGAUCCAAAAAAUAUAUAACGAGAAAGCUAGAGGCAGGCAGAGAUGCAGAUUAAGAAGGGGGAGUGCUCAAAACAGUAAUUAUCCGGGGAUGGCGAUUUGUCCUGACAUUUUCCAAUGCAGCCCUCAAACCAUCUGUUUAAAGAUCCCUAAUGUGGUAGUCGUGCAGCACGGCGCAGAUGGUGAGACAAGAGCGCGGCCCUUCUAACCUUUCAAGCUAAUCAGCUGAUAGGGGAACCUAAAGCCCCGCUCCCUCUCAGAGGCCCCCAGGUUGCAGAGCUGAGGUCACAUUCACCUGACCCUCCGUGAGGCUCGGGAUCCGGUUCGACUGUA